UGUUCAAAGUUGGCGCUGUUGCAUUCCGCUGAAAUGUCAGAAUGCGUAAACUUUUGACAGGCAAUCGAACGAAGACGAAAGCAUAAUUUGUGAAAAAAAACUCCAUCUCUUUAGUCUAUAUAUCAGCAUUAUUGAGGCAGAAAUUGAUAUUGUGUUCCAUAAAAAGUGUGCAUUAAGAACGAGCCGAUCCCAAAUCCGAACAAAACCUGUUGAUUUGAACAUUGAAAUUGAUAGUAAACAGCAAUUGGUCGAGAUAUUCUGCACACAAUGACUCUUACAACAACAGUGGACCAAACAACAAUUCUACUCGGCGAACGAGCAAAACUGAAAGACCUUCUGCGUUUACGAUUGACCGAGUGUGGUUGGAAUGAUGAGGUGCGGCUGCUAGCCCGUGAUGUUAUCAAAGAAGAGGGUGGAAACGUGAAUGUUGAUGAAAUUGCCAAACAAAUAACACCAAAAUCCCGUGCUCUUGUACCCGACACCGUCAAACGAGAACUGCUGCAAAAAAUUAAAAACAUUCUCUCCAAUCAGGCAGGCGUCGAUGUUUAAGCCUUACAAUUUUACCCAGAAAAUAUAGAAAUAAAUUGCGUUAGAUCAUUUGUAAUAAUAUUCAAUUUAUAAAACAAACCACAUUGAUUCACAAGCGAAACAUGACACAGCAUUCUACAUCAAUUAUUUUUCCCCAUCAACUGUCAAAUGAGACAGACAAACAAAAAUGAUUCAUACGAUUUCCGGGAAGAAAUAGAAAAACACUCAUAAAUAGAUAGAAUUUGUAACAAAUAAGCUUAAGAAUAAAAUAACACUACGACAAAUAUUCAAUU